CAAGUAUUGUGUUAUUUUUGUAAUACGCAUCUACAAUAUGUCUGGAAGAGGCAAAGGUGGUAAAGGACUCGGGAAAGGAGGUGCCAAGCGGCAUCGCAAAGUGCUCCGUGAUAACAUCCAGGGCAUCACCAAGCCCGCUAUCCGCCGCCUGGCUCGCCGUGGAGGAGUGAAGCGAAUCUCCGGACUGAUCUAUGAAGAGACCCGCGGGGUGUUGAAGGUGUUCCUGGAGAAUGUGAUCCGGGAUGCCGUCACCUACACUGAGCACGCCAAGAGAAAGACCGUCACCGCUAUGGAUGUCGUGUACGCUCUGAAGCGCCAGGCUCAACAAGCUGAUGGGAGGCGUCACCAUCGCUCAGGGCGGAGUGCUAGUUUGAAAAUGGCAAGAACUAAGCAGACUGCGCGUAAGUCCACCGGUGGAAAGGCGCCCAGGAAACAGCUUGCUACCAAGGCUGCUCGAAAGAGCGCCCCCGCUACCGGCGGCGUGAAGAAACCUCACCGUUACAGACCUGGCACUGUGGCUCUGAGGGAGAUCCGCCGCUAUCAGAAAUCCACCGAGCUGCUGAUCCGCAAACUGCCCUUCCAGCGGCUCGUCCGAGAAAUCGCUCAGGAUUUCAAGACCGACCUGCGCUUCCAGAGCUCCGCUGUGAUGGCGCUGCAGGAGGCUAGCGAGGCUUACCUAGUUGGGCUCUUUGAGGACACCAACCUGUGUGCCAUUCACGCUAUGUCUGGAAGAGGCAAAGGUGGUAAAGGACUCGGGAAAGGAGGUGCCAAGCGGCAUCGCAAAGUGCUCCGUGAUAACAUCCAGGGCAUCACCAAGCCCGCUAUCCGCCGCCUGGCUCGCCGCGGAGGAGUGAAGCGAAUUUCCGGGCUGAUCUAUGAAGAGACCCGCGGGGUGUUGAAGGUUUUCCUGGAGAAUGUGAUCCGGGAUGCCGUCACCUACACUGAGCACGCCAAGAGAAAGACCGUCACCGCUAUGGAUGUGGUGUACGCUCUGAAGCGCCAGGGUCGCACUCUGUACGGAUUCGGAGGUUAAACAUUUGGACACAAGGACACGAACACAAAGGCUCUUUUAAGAGCCGCC